AAGCGCAACCCAGCUCACAGACUAGCCAUCUCCAGUACACAGGCAUAUCGAACAGCAGGGGCAGACGGAGUGUAUGCGUCCGGCUAUACUGCAGUAUUCCACAGUUUAAAGGAGGUUGCACGCGGGUUUUUACUGUGUUUUAUACCGGAUACAUAGAGGGAGAAGGCUUUGCUUUAUCGGUCGAUACUUUUUCUGAAACUUCAAAAGCAUUAUUCAUUUUUGGAGGAGUUUCAGAGGGACGCGUUUUAGAUAUGGACUGUCAGGAGUGUACUGCAGGGGAAGACUCGCCCGUGUCACCAUUCGCUUAGUAGGCUAGUCAACGGAAUUGGAAACUCACUGCUCGGGACUUUUUUGUGGAUGUUUGAUGAAGCGCUUUCUGCACUUGGCUAAUUCUCGGAGACCUUGGAUUUACAAGGAACCGGAACCUAUCGUGGCUUUCAAUUGUUUUAGUUUGCCCCAGUUGAAAGGAACUCUCGCUUCCAAAGUCGUAGUGAAAACAUGGAGACUGUAACUCGACAAAGCUUCCAACCUCACCCAGGACUGCAACAAACUCUCAAGCAGUUUCAUCUGAGUUCUAUGAGCUCCCUCGGCGGACCGGCGGCGUUUUCUGCUCGAUGGCCACAUGACCUCCUGUUCAAGAAGGAUGGGAAAGAGCCCGAGCCCGUGCUGCAUCUUCCCAUGCAGCCGCCGACAGUGAUGCCGGGACCUCUCUUCAUCCCCUCCGACCGCUCCACCGAGAGGUGCGAGACGGUCCUGGAGACCGAGACUGUCUCCUGUUUCGUGGUCGGCGGCGAGAAACGGCUGUGCUUGCCGCAGAUCCUCAACACCGUACUGCGGGAUUUCUCCCUUCAACAGAUCAACUCUGUGUGCGACGACCUCCACAUCUACUGCUCCCGGUGCACGGCGGAACAGCUGGAGAUCCUCAAAGUCAUGGGAAUUCUCCCCUUCUCCGCGCCUUCCUGCGGACUCAUCACCAAAACGGAUGCGGAGCGCCUGUGCAAUGCCCUGAUUUACGGAGGCACCUACCCGCCGCACUGCAAGAAAGAGUUCACGGGCUCACUGGAGCUGGAGUUCACGGAGAAAAGCCUCAAAAUAUACCACGAGUGUUUCGGAAAGUGCAAGGGUCUCUUCGUCCCGGAGCUGUACACCAGCCCAAACGCAGCCUGCAUUCAGUGCAUGGACUGCAGACUCAUGUACCCGACACAUAAGUUCGUGGUGCACAGUCACAAAUCGUUGGAAAACAGGACUUGCCACUGGGGCUUCGACUCCGCCAACUGGAGGGCAUACAUCCUCUUGGGCCAGGAUUACACGGGGAAAGAGGAGAAGGCGCGCCUGGAGCAGCAUUUGGACGAGAUUAAAGAGAAAUUUGACUUCGCCAACAAAUAUAAGAGGAAAGCAUCCAGGGCGUCGGAUCCCAUUCCAACCAAGAAGUCUAAACAUGAAGACUUCCCAUCCCUAACCCUGUCCGAGAAGCAACCCGAUUGGCUACGAUCCCUCUCGGCUUCGGCCAAUAAGGGGCUCAACUGCUUCCAGCCCAGACAGAGGCCCUCGGCUUUCAGGCCCUGGUCCCCUAACCUCUCAGCUGGGGACAAAGACGUGCCCAGCCGCCCUCUGGCUCUCCUGAGAGACAGUCUUUACAACUUCAAGACCAUGGAGAACGCUGUGUCCCCAAACAUGGCCCUCACACCCCCACCCCUGACAAAGGCAGGGCCCCUGUCCCCGUCCGUGCCUAGCACCUCCCACCCCAGUGCCAGCAAGGCCCCAGGAAAGGGAGCCAGCCCCAUAUCCAGGACCCGGAAGAGGAGGGCCACAGGGGAGCUCCCGCACCCAGGCCACAAGCCCCCCUGCUCCCCGUCGGCUGCAGCCGGCAAGCUCCCACCCCAGGAGGACAAGGACUCGGAAGUGGAUAUCGAGGUGGAGAGCCGAGAGGAAUUCACUUCGUCCCUGUCCUCCCUCUCCUCCCCAUCCUUCACCUCCUCCAGCUCUGCCAAGGACAUAAGCUCGCCCGGCGCCCAGGUCCCAGUGUGUACGGUGACGUCGGCGGUGUUGAGCCCCGAGGACGGCCCUCUCGCUGGGGUAGCGGCAGCAGCAAUGGCGGUGGUGUUGGCCCCUGAGGGCCCCGGGCCGGGGGGUCUGGAGUCAGAGUUGGAGAUCCUGAGGCUGGCGCUGGACAGCGGGCUGGACUCCAAGGAGUCUAAGGAGAAGUUCCUGCAUGAGAUCGUCAAGAUGAGGGUGAAGCAGGAGGAGAAGCUGGGCUCAGCCCUGCAGGCCAAACGCAGCCUCCAACAGGAGUUGGAGUUCCUGCGACUGGCUAAGAAAGAGAAGCUCAGGGAGGCCACGGAGGCCAAGCGAAACCUGAGGAAGGAGAUUGAGCGCCUUCGCGCCGAGAGCGAGAAAAAGAUCAAGGAGGCAAAGGAGUCGCGCGUGCAUCUGAAGAGGGAGCUGGAGCAGGCCCGGCAGCUCAGAGUGUGUGACAAGGGCUGCGAGGCAGGCCGCCUGCGCGCCAAGUACUCCACACAGAUCGAGGACCUGCAGAUGAAGCUCCAGCAUGCCGAGGCGGAUCGCGAGCAGCUCCGGGCAGACCUACUGCAGGAGCGGGAAGCCAGGGAACACCUGGAGAGAGUGGUCAAGGAGCUGCAGCAGCAGCUGUGGCCCAAGGAGCAGGACACGCCUACCGAGGACACCCCCGUCAACAACUAACCCUUUCCAUGACCAACCCCCCGCCAAUCCCCCACUAUCAGCACCCGAAACAAAACUUUGCCUGAGACCACAGAGACAGAAUAGAGAGAAGCAGAAAUAUCAAUCCUCUAUGUGUGCGUGUAUCCAUCCUCACAAAAACUGUAUGAGUGCUUGGAUGCAACCUUGGAGAGAGAAACAAAGCAAGUCCAACGUGGUCUUUGUACAUGGACCAAGUUGUUACUAGUUGUUGGUCUUUGUACAUGUACCAAGUUGUUACUAGUUGUUGGUGUUUGUACAAGGACCAAGUUGUUACUAGUUGUUGGUAUUUGUACAAGGACCAAGUUGUUACUAGUUGUUGGUCUUUGUACAAGGACCAAGUUGUUACUAGUUGUUGGUAUUUGUACAAGGACCAAGUUGUUACUAGUUGUUGGUAUUUGUACAAGGACCAAGUUGUUACUAGUUGUUGGUCUUUGUACAUGUACCAAGUUGUUACUAGUUGUUGGUCUUUGUACAUGUACCAAGUUGUUACUAGUUGUUGGUAUUUGUACAUGUACCAAGUUGUUACUAGUUGUUGGUCUUUGUACAUGUACCAAGUUGUUACUAGUUGUUGGUCUUUGUACAAGGACCAAGUUGUUACUAGUUGUUGGUCUUUGUACAUGUACCAAGUUGUUACUAGUUGUUGGUCUUUGUACAUGUACCAAGUUGUUACUAGUUGUUGGUAUUUGUACAUGUACCAAGUUGUUACUAGUUGUUGGUCUUUGUACAUGGAUCAAGUUGUUACUAGUUGUUGGUCUUUGUACAUGUACCAAGUUGUUACUAGUUGUUGGUCUUUGUACAUGUACCAAGUUGUUACUAGUUGUUGGUCUUUGUACAUGUACCAAGUUGUUACUAGUUGUUGGUAUUUGUACAUGUACCAAGUUGUUACUAGUUGUUGGUAUUUGUACAUGGACCAAGUUGUUACUAGUUGUUGGUAUUUGUACAUGGAUCAAGUUGUUACUAGUUGUUGGUAUUUGUACAUGGACCAAGUUGUUACUAGUUGUUGGUAUUUGUACAUGGAUCAAGUUGUUACUAGGACAAGCACUGAAACGCACCUCUCCUCCACAAACUGAAAAUUGGAUCAGGAGAAGAAAAAAAAUAUAUAUAGCACAAAAUGUAGUUGUGCCUGUAUUUUCUGAGACAGAAACUGGUGAACCUUUUGGUUAAAAACUUUUCUAUGAUAAAAAAAUAAGAUAAUAAUACAAUAAUUUUACAACUGGCCUGUUUAGAGACAAAAUGGAGGGCUGUCAAAAUGGCAGAGGAGCCGGGAAGUAGGACUGGACUCCUGAGGCGUGCCCCAGCAGGGCUUCUGCUCCGUUUCCCGUGAAGAAGUUGGAGAAUUUCAUGACCUUAUAAGCUAUUUAAGAGACUGCAAAGCGAUAUGUAAAAAAUGUAACGAAAACAUUUUCUUUGCUUCUUUGUGCUAUAAGAGCUUGGAGACAAAAAAAUAUGGAUUUGCAAAAAAUAUGAACAGACAGCAAGCAAGACAAACUACCACCAGUGCCAUCAUGGUUAGUCGGUGUGUAGAGGAGGCCAUUUUGAUCCAAUGAGGAAAAGUAUCAAGUUUGUUCUACUAUUCCAUUAAUACAUCAUAAAGUUUACUAUGGAAGGGGUUAGAGGAUUGCAUUGGACUAGAUGUUUUCUCUCUUUGACACAGGCCCUGUAUCUGUGUUCUGGUAAACCUCUUAGAGUGAGCAUUUCAUUUAGAUAUUAACAAGAGAUGGUCACACAAAUACACCGAAACAGCAUACAUACUUGUCUUCAUUAUGUGUUUGUGAGCAUUUGGGUUAAAACCCAAAAGUCUAUCUUGUAAAGAUAAACUUUGUGAUCAUUUUGUAUCUGGGUGCAAUCUGAAGCCCAGAUUUGUACACAAGACUUCUGCUGGGUUUCCCCCUGGGACUGUUGGUUAAAACUAGCUUACCCGGCUUUACUGCUUUUCAUUUGAUUAGCGAGAGUUGGCAUGACUUGCUCAAAUGAAGAUCGAAAAUACAAUUUUUGAAUACUAUGAUUUUAGGGCUGGAAGUGGCGCCUUUAGCCAGAACCACAACAUUUUAUUUUUUAAAUAAAUGAUGGUAUGUAAAUAUA